CAAAUACAGUACUUACUAUCGACAAACAUCACCAUUCAACCACACGAACAGAUGCUCUAAAUCUUGCCGGUUCCUUCCACUCUCAUUCAUUACAACUUUCUCCAUUGUCCAAUUUCCUUUCCAAAUUCCAGUCAAUCAAUCAUGACCUGUUCAACCAACCUUUCCGUCAAGCACAAUCCUCUUUCACCGGCGGCCCUUAAUCUACACCACUCGAGCAAUAUCCUCCCCAAAUACCGGAGCCUCUCGACCCUGCCUCGGAAUGGCGACGGAAGGGUCACGGCGUGUCUUAACUUGGAAACGCGAGCACCCGAUGCCGAGACGGCGAAGUUCGUCAUCGGAGAAAAGAGCAGGACGAUCAUGGACGAGUCUGCUAGGUUCCUGGUGGGGACUUAUGCCAGAGCUCCCUUAGUCCUGUCCAGUGGCAAAGGCUGUAAAUUGAAGGAUGUUGACGGGAGGGAGUACUUGGAUUUGACCUCCGGGAUCGCCGUCAAUGCCCUUGGCCAUGCCGAUCCUGAUUGGCUCCGGGCGGUUACUGAGCAGGCUAGAACCCUAACUCACGUCAGCAAUAUGUAUCUUUCACUGCCGCAGGUUGAACUGGCAAAACGCCUUGUUUGUCUCUCUUUCGCUGACCGUGUAUUCUUCUCGAAUUCUGGAACCGAAGCAAAUGAAGCUGCGAUUAAAUUUGCCAGGAAGUUCCAGAGAUAUUCACAUUCCGCCAAGGAUGACAACCCUCCCGUGGAGUUUAUUGCAUUCUCCAAUUGUUUCCAUGGGAGGACUAUGGGUGCUGUUGCUUUGACAAGCAAAGAGCAUUACAGAUUGCCAUUUGAACCUGUUAUGCCAGGAGUUACUUUCUUAGAGUAUGGCAAUAUUCAGGCAGCAACCGAACUGAUUCAGAGUGGAAGAAUUGCUGCAGUAUUUGUGGAGCCUAUCCAGGGAGAAGGGGGCAUAUAUAGUGCUACGAAGGAGUUUUUACAAGCCCUGCGUACUUCUUGUGAUAGUGUUGGUUCACUUCUUGUGUUUGAUGAGGUUCAAUGCGGCUUAGGACGAACUGGUCAUCUCUGGGCUCACGAGUCUUACGGCAUAUACCCAGAUAUAAUGACACUAGCCAAGCCUCUUGCUGGAGGUCUACCUAUAGGAGCCGUGUUGGUGACGGAAAAAGUAGCUGCAGCAAUAAACUAUGGAGACCAUGGUAGCACUUUUGCCGGAGGGCCCCUGAUCUGCCAUGCUGCAGUUACUGUACUGGACAAGAUUUCAAAACCAGAAUUCCUGGCUGGCGUUUCUGAUAAAGGACACUAUUUCAAAAAGUUGCUUGUCAAGAAGUUGGGAGGAAACUCACACGUGAAGGAGGUUAGAGGGGUGGGGCUUAUUAUCGGCGUAGAACUUGAUGUGGCGGCAGCACCGCUUGUGGAGGCGUGUCAACAUUCUGGUCUGCUGGUUUUGACGGCAGGGAAAGGGAAUGUUGUGAGGCUUGUGCCUCCUUUGAUCAUCUCAAAGGAAGAAUUAGAGCAUGCAGCUGACAUUUUAGCUGACUCUUUGCCUGCAUUGGACAAGUUCACCUAAGUUUAUCUGUAGCAUACUUAUUAUACGGAUUACAAAGUAUAUAAAAGCAAUUUGUAUCCGUUUCAUCAAACAAUUUCUAUAUAUGUAACCUGUUUUUGUAAUAAGGCUCUGCUCCAAUAGUAGAGCCGUUUGGGUAAAACUUGUUGGCAUACACAAAGCCGAAGUUGAAGUUGUAAAGCUAUGACGGUGUAUGCAACUUUGUAAAAUAAAUUUCAGUGAAGUAAAGAAUAUGCAAUGAAAUAGUCGAAAGAUAAAGUGCAGAAGUG